AGCGUUCAACGCAAGCCGCUACAGGUGGGAUAAUAUAAUUCGUCUUGCAUGUACUGCAGCGCCGGUGGUAUAACGAGAAGGUCAAUGGCUUUGCGCGGCAGUACAGUCAGUAUAAUAUCUGAUGUUCAGUCGUCUGAGACACAAGAUACAGACUUUACUCACUAAAAUAUGCAAUUACUACGCUAUUAGCCCGUGAAGAAGACUGAAGUUGGACUGAACAUGUGUCCUGCAAGGUCCAUAUUGCUGGUGGGAGAAGGGAACUUCUCCUUCUCUGCCUCUGUGAGCCAGCUGUACUCGGAGACAGAGACCUGCAUAACGGCCACCUGUCUGCAGCAUCAGGAGGAGGCACUGCGGCACGAAGGCGCAGCCGAUCACAUUAAGAGUAUCCGGGACUCAGGUGGGGCGGUGCUUUUCGAGGUGGACUGCACGAGGCUGGGGGACUGUGCGUCUCUUCGGGGCUGUGUGUUUGAUCGUGUGGUGUUUAACUUCCCUCACUGCGGGAGAAAGAGUGGGGUUAAAAAGAACCGAGAACUUCUCAAAAACUUCUUCCUCAGUUGUGGCCAGGUGUUGUCUGAAGACGGAGAGGUCCAUGUUUCCUUGUGCAACGGCCAGGGUGGGACACCAGCGGACCAACCGAAGCGAGAGUGGCACAACAGCUGGCAGGUGGCUGCCAUGGCAGCAGAGGCCCACCUGAUCCUUAGUGAUGUCCAUCCUUUUGAGAGAGAGAAACACCAGAGCUACAAGUGCACUGGAUACAGGAGCCAGGAUAAGGGCUUUCAUGUGGAUAAAGGUUUACUCCACGUGUUUACCCGCAGCCUACGCUACACCCCUGCUCAGAUACUUACGGUCAAGGAGGCUGUUGAAGGGGACAGAGUUCUGUACGACGUACCAGCUGAGCUCCAUGAUUAUGUAUUCAGGGGAUUUCUCUGCUCAGGCUCUGUCCACCCUGUUAGGUUGGUGCAAGAUUUUCUUCUCAAAGGGCUGGCGGAGAAGUGGUCUGUCUCCAUGACGACAGAGACCGUUCCCUUCCUCCUCGCGGCCGAACGGCUGCAGGCGGCCGGCUGUGACGUCGACGAGACAGACUGCUACUGGAUCCGCCUGCUUCAGAAAGACGUCGACUCUGACGCAGACAAAGAAAAAGAUCUGUUUUUGGACAGUCUGGGACGAACAGACACACAAGACACUCUGUCAACCAUGUGUCUCACCUCCGAUGAAGUGGACCAGGUGAAGAGUAAAGGAGCCGAGAGCCUGAGGUCUACAUGCUUACUUGAUAUCGAUCCUGAGGGGGAAAGUGGUGUUUAUAUGCUGCGUCCGUCACUACUUCCUCAGAUGGAAGAGCUUCUAACUAAAAAGGAAGAGUUGGUUGACAGUGCAGGGAGUCACGGGGAGGAUGAGGGGAAUAAUAAAAGUGUUGAAGGGGAAGGACAUAAGAAGGAGGGGCCCUGUGGGGGGUGCAAUGGUGUCACCGGCUCGUUGUUCGGCAUUAGUGGCCUGGUGUUCAAGAACGUGCCCGUCAACCUCUGGGCUCUGCCUGCCUUUCAUGAGCUCCUCCUCAGAGGUGUUUUCCCCUUACAACAUGAGCCAAUCAAAUUGCUCGGACAGAGACUGGCGACGCUGCUCGCAUCCUAUGGGGUCUCCUUAGUCCCAGAACAGGGAGGUCUGCGUCUGGUGGCACCGCAGAAGGGUUUAGUCGGUAAGGUGUUUGCAAGCAAUGCAAGUGACAACAUCAGCGACGUCAGUGUCACCGUGUCACUUAAUUUGGACCUUCUUUCCGUGCUCGCGUUCUCACUCCCCGACUGGCGGCUGCUGUGGUCACAUGACCCACGCUUUUUACUGCAGUUUGAACUCCGCCCACCUCCGGGGAAACCUUUCCACCCCUUCUCCCUGUUCCCCGAGCACUUCAGCUUCGACAUUAGCUUCUGGACAGGGCCGACGUGGCAGGAGAGGAAGUUCCACGCUGUGAUCCGAGAGGCCAGUCACGGGACCGUGGAGCAAGUUAAACUCAUGGACACGUUCUCACAUCCUGACCUCAGCCAGACCAGUUACUGCUACAGACUCGUCUACCACUCGAACACACAUGCUCUGUCACACACACAAGCCCUCCAGUUUCAUAAAGACCUAGAAACCUGUCUCACCUCUCGGUUGCAAGUCACCAUCCGGUAGCAACAUUUGAAUCUUAAGGAGGACCGGGGACUUCACCUCUUUUUAAUUACAUGUGUUUGUACCUGCUAUGCAAAUUAUAAGCGUAUAAACUGCAAAACUGUCGUUGAAGUGUUUACAGUAGUUGAGGCAUUGCGUGCUAUAGUUUAUCAGUAAAAUGUGUUUUCUGUGUAUCUGUUGUGUGUGCUGCUUUAAGUAUCAUGUUAUCAGAAUCAUCUUUAUUGGACAGGUAUGAGUCCACAAACCAUGUGGUUGGUGUUUUCUGUAAAUUGAAAGCAAUUAUACAAUAUGCCACAGUGUGCUUUUUGACUUAUUUAACAUCAAUUUGUAGUCAUAAAAUAAAAAAUUCACAUGUAGUACGUGCUGUGACAAAGCAUAAAAGAAAGUAUUCUUGCAAGUAACAGCCCUGGAAUCAAGUCCAGGAGCCAGUUUGUACCUCUGCAGCGGAGGUGAAAGUACUCCUUCAAUUGAGCAUAGUGACAAUACCACAGUGUAUAAGUAUUCUGUCCUAGUAAAAAUCCUGCAUUCAAAAUUAUCACUCUUAUAAGUACAUGAAGACCUCAUGUAAAUCCCAGCAUAGCUUCAAACAACUCCAAUUUGAGUGGAUCUUAUCAGCAACUGAACACGUCUAUGAGAGUAUGUGGGAC